AUGACUGUCUUAAGAGCACAGGAUGCUGCUGUUGCUGCUGCUCUCAGUGCCUGCUGGAACGAACCCUCACCUUCGCCCUCCCCUUUCCAGAGCCUCUUCUGCUGCUACUGCUUCUUCAUGGAUAGCGAUAGCAGCGAAGCGGCAGAGGAACAGAGACAUGGAAGUGCUGCUGCUGCUGAUGCUACCGUGCCGCCGCUGGAUGAAAACCGGUCCGAAGUCGGUUUUUGA